AUGACUGAAUUUCAAACUGAAAAUGUCAAAAUUCAAGACGAAGACGAUGAAGUUUUAUCAAAUAACAUGAAACAAUAUGAUAUUGAAGAAGCAAUGUAAGUUGUAGGUGAUUCCAACUGGUACCAAAAGAGAUCAAUUAUUUUUAUAUGGUCUAUGUUCAUUUUCAUGAGUUACAUGUUUUUCUUAGUUCCCUCAACAACUUAUCCCCCUAAUUUUACCUGCUCUGAUGGAUCUUCUUGCACCGAAACUGAUGGAGGCUGUGAUCCAGGAUCUGUCGUCGAUUCAGAUAAAAUGGCUUCUGCUGUUACUGAAUUUCAUCUUUAUUGUGAUAAAUUACAAUUAAGAAAUCUUUUGUAAUCAAUUGGAAUGGUUGGAGCAGCUUUUGGUUUAUUAGUUGUUAAUCUCUUCUCUGAUAAUUUCAGCCGUAAGAAGUGUAUUAUAUUUGUAUGGGGAUUUGGUGCUUUAUUUGCAAUCCUUUAUGGGGUUACCUAAAGUGUAGCCUUAUUGAUAAUUUCAUAAUUUGGUAUUGGCUUAGGAUAUAACUGCUUGUUAAUUCUAUUUCUUGUUUAAAUGAAUGAACUUAGUGCAACAUACAGAGUUAUGGGCAUUACUGUCGCUUAUGCAAUUAGUAGUUUAGGACAGAUCUCUAUCUAUUUUAUAAUCAUGAUUACUGAAAAUUGGAGAUAUUAAAUUCUGUAUUUCUUUGCCAUCCCUUCUGCAGCCCUUUGGAUUUUAAGUUUCUUUUUGAUUGAUGAUCAACCAAGAUUUUUGAUUUUGAAAAACAAAAAAAAAUGUGUAGAAGUUCUAAAAAGGAUUGCAAGCGCUAAUGGUAAAGAAUGUCCUAUAACAAUAGAUAAUUUAAAAUCUCCUAAUCAAGAAAAUAACCUUUCUUAAAUAGAAAUCAAGUAAUCGAAAAAGAAGUACACUUAUUAUGACUUGUUUGCCUAUAAAUCAUAAAGAAUCAUCUUGUUUCCACUAAUGUUUGCAUUAUUCUUUUUGUCCUCUUUAUAUUAUGGAACAUAACUCUCUUUGGAUUCAGUUGGUUUUACAUUCUAGCAGAACUGUCUUUACAUAGGUAUUUCUGAGCUAGUAGGAUAUCUAGCUUCAGAUAGAAUAUGUUCAAAAUUAAGAAGAAGGAAGUGGGGUAUAAUAACUCUUUUUGUUACUUCAUGCUUUCUCAUUCUAGAUGCAAUUUUCAAAGUGCCAAGCGACUGCACUGAUGAAUGCUAUCAAAAAGAUUUACAAAUGGUGUUUACUUGCUUAGCUCGUUUCAUAGUUUCAUUUUCUUUCAGUUUCUUGCUUAUAUAAAUUGGCGAGGCCUUUCCAGUUACUCUUAAAUCUAUUGGCUAUGGAUUUAUAACAGCCUUUUCUAAUAUCGGCAGUGUGAUCAGCCCUUAUUUACAAAACUUAGCCAUAGAAAUCGGAAUAGAUCCUCUCUAUAUUUUAGGUAUUGUAGGAAUGCUUAGUUGUAUUUGCAUCUUUUUGUCAAAAGAAACAUUUAAACAGCCUGAUAUUUAGGAUAUUCCAGAGUUACUUGAAGCAAACAAAAACAAUGGGAUAAAUAAACCUAUGAUGAGCAGUGCUAACAGUUAGCAAUGA